AUGGAGAGGAGUGGCCCCAGCUCCAUCUGCACCCUUUGUGAAGGCUCGGUUGGAAGGGCAGCGCCCGCCAACGGGGAUCAGAGGCAAGAGGGAAAGGCUUCCAUCGACACCAUCGCCACGGGCAUUGCCCUGGCAUGCACCAUGGCAGGAAGGCAGGUGAGGAAAAUUCUGUUUGUUCCCUAUGCUCUUCAUGACCACACUGCUUAUGCUACACUGGCAAGGGAGAAGCUGGAAAGUUUAGGCUACGGACUAGACAGUAUCCAUGAAUCAAGCGAUCCAAGAGAAGCUGUAAACAAUGCCGAGGCAAUAUUCAUUGGUGGUGGCAACACGUUUCGUCUUUUGAAAGCUCUUUACGACAAUGAUUUGAUACGGCCAAUCAGAAAACGAGUUCUUGAGGAUGGUAUCCCAUACAUUGGAUCCAGUGCAGGAACCAACGUAGCAACCACCAGCAUCAACACAACUAAUGAUAUGCCCAUUGUGUAUCCACCUUCUUUGACAGCUCUCCAAUUGGUUCCUUUCAAUAUCAACCCACAUUACUUGGACCCAGAUGUUAAUAGCACUCAUAUGGGA